AGAGGCCCUAACCUCAUCCUCCACCUGCUACAUACCUCACCAAAUACUCUCUCUCUCGCUCUUUCCUUCUCAGAGAGAGCGAACCACUUUGGAGCCAAAAAGCCUGUGAAAGGUCAUUCAGAAUAAACUUGUAAAUCAGGUCCUCUACCCUCAUAUUGGAUGGCCAUUAUACCUUGUGGAAGUACAUGGGUUGCCCAGUGGGGUAUUCGUCCUCAGUUCACUAUAAGAUCUUAUGUCACAAACCGAAUAAUGACAACACAAUCGGGAGUCACAAGUAGGAUAAAUUAUUUGGGAGCACCAAGUUCGAGCUUAUUUUCUCGUGAUUCCUUACCAUUGUUAUCCUCUGUGGGAUCAUCUCAGACUUCACAUCGUCGUAGGGGUGCACGGUUUAUUGUUAGAGCUGAAACUGACUUUUAUUCUAUUCUUGGGGUGUCAAGAAACUCAAGUAAAUCUGAAAUUAAAAGUGCUUAUCGGAAGCUUGCUCGGAGCUAUCAUCCGGAUGUGAACAAAGAUCCUGGGGCGGAGCAGAAAUUCAAGGAAAUUAGCAAUGCAUAUGAGGUCUUGUCAGAUGAUGAGAAACGAUCUCUAUAUGACAAAUAUGGGGAGGCUGGACUUAAAGGUGCUGGUAUGGGAAUGGGGGAUUUUAGCAAUCCUUUUGAUCUGUUUGAGUCACUGUUUGAGGGCAUGGGUGGUAUGGGUGGCAUGGGCAUGGGUGGCCGAAGUUCCAGGAAUAGAGCAGUUGAUGGGCAGGAUGAAUAUUACAGUCUUGUACUGAAUUUUAAGGAAGCAGUUUUUGGAGUUGAGAAAGAGAUUGAGAUAACCAGACUUGAAAGCUGUGGAACUUGUAACGGGUCAGGUGCAAGACCUGGCACAAAACCAUCCAAAUGUACCACAUGUGGUGGGCAAGGCCAGGUUGUAUCAUCUGCAAGGACUCCAUUGGGUGUCUUCCAGCAGGUAAUGACAUGCUCUUCCUGUGGUGGUACAGGGGAAAUUUCUACCCCAUGCAAUACAUGUUCUGGUGAUGGGCGAGUAAGGAGAACAAAAAGGAUCAGUUUGAAAGUUCCGGCUGGUGUGGACUCUGGUAGCCGUUUAAGGGUCCGGUCUGAAGGAAAUGCUGGAAGGAGAGGUGGGUCUCCUGGUGAUCUCUUUGUUGUUAUUGAAGUUAUCCCAGAUCCUGUUCUAAAACGUGAUGAUACCAACAUAUUGUAUUCCUGCAAAGUGUCAUAUAUAGACGCAAUUCUGGGAACAACGAUCAAGGUACCAACAGUGGAUGGUAUGGUUGAUUUGAAGAUACCAUCUGGGACCCAACCAAACACCACCCUUGUAAUGGCGAAGAAAGGUGUCCCUGUUCUAAAUAAAAGCAACAUGAGGGGUGAUCAGUUGGUCCGUGUACAAGUUGAAAUUCCAAAAAGGUUGAGCAGUGAAGAGAGGAAGCUUAUUGAGGAGCUUGCUGACUUAAGCAAGGGCAAGACAGCAAGCAGUAGGAGAUAGUUGCUAGGGCAUGAUUGGUAUACAUCAAUUAUGUGCUAUUUACCCUGGAAAUAUGUAUUCACCCUUUAGUGUGUGCGGCUUCGGAACUACAGUGCUUCCAAAAAGAAUUUGGCAGUUCUCAGAUGCUUGAACCGCUAAAGGGGAAAGCGGCAAUCUGUAGUCGUAGGUAUAAUUAUGUUGUGAUAGGUUUGUCCCUUAUAAAGAAAUUUUAAGGGAAACAGGGGGUGUGAAAGCAGGAAAAGAAGAUUAGCGAUACAUCCCUCUUUGAUUUUGUUAUAUAUUUGAUUGCAGUCUUUUAUUAGCUAUUCUUUGAGAUUGAACUAAAAUUUGGGCAACAAUGUUACCCUUCAAUUUUGUUUUAUUUUUGAUGAACUUUGAUGAAUGAAUGAUGAAUCUAAUGCAUCCAAAUGCA